CCCGAGUUCAGCCGCCGCCUCAUCAAGGACCUGGAGAGCAUGUUCAAGCGGUACGAUGCCGGGCGGGAUGGCUACAUUGACCUGAUGGAGCUGAAGCUGAUGAUGGAGAAGCUGGGGGCCCCCCAGACCCACCUUGGCCUGAAGGGCAUGAUCAAGGAGGUGGACGAGGACUUUGACGGCAAGCUCAGCCUCCGAGAGUUCCUGCUCAUUUUCCACAAGGCCGCGGCUGGGGAGCUGCAGGAGGACAGUGGGCUCAUGGCACUGGCCAAACUCUCCGAGAUUGACGUUGCUCACGAGGGCGUCAAGGGUGCCAAGGACUUCUUCGAAGCCAAGGUCCAAGCCUUGUCGUCUGCCAGUAAGUUUGAAGCCGAGUUAAAAGCCGAGCAGGAGGAGCGGAAGCGGGAGGAAGAGGAGAGGAGGGUCCGCCGGGAGGCCUUCCGGGAGCUCAAGGCGGCUUUCAGUCCAUAGUCCUGCUGGCCUUGACCUGGGCCUCUGCCUACAGCGGUGCCUUAAAGGAAGAUAUGGCCCAGCCCCCUCACUUCAGUGGGCCCUCCUUGCCCUCAACACCCAUCCACUGUCCAGUGCAGACUCCACAGACAGCUUUCUCUCGUGGUAGCAGUCUUCCCUCUUCCCAGUGCCGGAGCCACCUUAGAAGGCCCUGGGAAGGCCAAGUGCCCUGCUCACCACUCUCCCGGCCUCCUCCCACAGCCAGCGGAUGCCUCCCUGUGGCCACGUGGACUUUGUCCUUGUCCCUUUACCAUUCUGCUCUGGCUCUGACGGCCCUCCCGGCAGAUGGUGCAGAGUCCCGAGGGUGUGUGGUUUCACCGCACCCUGUCUUCUUGGAGAAUAAUCUGCAUCCCUUCCUUUUUGUUCCCCAUUCGCUGUUCUUGGGCUCCUGCUCGGCUCCCUGCUUUGGCCUCUCCUUCAGUGUUGGUGGGCUUUAAGGGAGCCCGCCUCCCACCUCAGCUCCCACCAGAAGGAACCCGAAGUCGACAUGAUGCAAAAUAGAGAAAACGUGGGGAGUUCGGUUCCUUCCCAACAGCCUUCUUCCUGUUCCUUUCGCCGACCCCUUUGAUAUUUUCCCAUUUCAUCUUUUUUUGCUCUAUCUUUAUUAACUCUUGUGAGACUUAACGAGAAGAGUGAAAGAGUAGAAUUAACAUUGAGUAGAAAAAUGCUCAUUCAACUCUAAUUCUACACCAGUUAUAGUCUAGCAGACCUCUGACGUCCCAAAGCGACAAGCCCAGGGCCUUCCCAAACCUGAACAGUCAUGGCCAUCAUCUAGCCAACUUCCAACGUCUGCCCCAAGGUUCUAAGGAGGAAAUCUCCUUACCUCCACCACGAAGAAACCAACCAGCCAACAAAAAAACCAUGAUGUUGUAAGCUCUUGGCUUUGAUCGCAAAUACCAGGGGUUUGCUGUCUUUUCAAGAAAAACAAUUUCUCAUGUCGUAUUUAUCCUCUUUUGUAGCUUCUAUCUUUUAAAUAAAGGAAAGCUCUACCUUGCACCUGUUUUGUGUUAAAUAAACUAUCAUCUCACA